UGCACGCGGUGAGUGUGGAGUAUUUCUACCAGGUUCAGUUGACUCAUCUCUGACUCUUUAAACACUAACACUCUCUGCCUUUUCUUUGACUUUAACGCCUUCUUCUCGUGAACUGUGUUGGAAACAUGACGCAUUAUGAACAAGUGAACGUUCGCGGAUACGAUGAAUUCUGCCGCGCUGUGUCUGAAAGGAAAGGAAAAGAUGUUUUUGUUUAUUUCUCUGGUGAUAAAGACGCCGAAGGAAAGAGCUGGUGUCCGGACUGUGUCAAAGCUGAACCAGUGGUUCGAGCAGAAAUGGCUCAUCUCCCUGAAGGUUCCGUCUUCAUCUACUGUCAAGUGGGAGAAAGAGCUUAUUGGAAAAAUCCAAGCAACGACUUUAAGAAGAAUCUGAAGUUGAGCGGUGUCCCCACACUCCUGAGAUACGGCACUCCUCAGAAGUUGGUGGAGGACGAAUGUUUCAAACCAGACCUGGUGAAGAUGAUGUUCACUGAGGACUGAAGUCUCCUGCUGCUAACCCUAACCCUUCAUCAUCGUCAUCGUCAUUUCUCCUCUGUUUAACAGUAACCACUUCAUAAGCAUUCACCACCUUCAUCUCUCCCACUGUAACUCAGAGCCACUCAUGAUUAUUAAAUAAAAUAAUCAUGUGAUCAUGAAUGAAUUGUUAUUGUUUGUGACACAUGUGGCGGAUUUUUACCACUAAAGUAAAGUAAAACAAUCAACUACAACCUCUUUAAUUACGAUCCUGUAGAUUAUAUACCAUAAAUAUAUCAUUCAUUUAUUUUUUCACACCUUUUUGCGUUUUUUUAUUCAGAAUAUUAGUCAAUAUCAUCACCAUAAUUCAGUGUAGUGCCACUAGAAUGACCAUAGACAUAUUUAUCUCCUGUAGGUUAUGCCACAACAUGUAUUUGAGGACAAAAACAUCCUUCUUUGUACUUUUUGUCUGCUUUUAUUCAGGAUAUUUGCUAAUAUCAUCACUACUGUAGUCUAUAAAAUCACUAUAGACUGCAUUUAUCUCCUGUAGGUUAUACUAUAACAUCUAUGUGGAACAAAACAUAGUUCUUCAUAAUUUUUAAUUUUAUUUUUCAAUAAUUCACAACUUUUGGUAGUUACCAAGGUAAUACUUGGUUUUGUGAUUUCUAUUCAGAAUAUUUGUUAAUAUAUUUACUAUAAUAACAGUGUAGUGUCUCUGAAAUGCCAGCACACCUUCAUAAAUCUCCUGUAGAUUGUACUAUAACAUCUAUUUGGGAAAAACAUACUUUUUUGUAAUUUUUGGCAAAUUGUAUUCAGAAUAUUAAUAUAAUCACCAUAAUAACAUUGUAGGGCUGAUAAAAUGUCACUUACCUCCUAUAGAUUAUACUACAACAUCAAGUUGGAAAAAAUAACUUUUAUUUAUUAUUAAUAUGUGAAGUGUCUAUAACUUCAUUAGGAAUUUUUUC